UACAAAUUGUUGACAUGUUUAAAUAGUGUAAAUUUCUCAGACGAUCCAUCCAUCAUCCAUAAUGACGAAGACGAGAAGCAAGAACAAGCGAAACCCUAGCAAGAAUCACGAUCUCUCCGUUUUCGAUUUUAGCCCUGAAGAUGAACGCAUUGAGAAAAGCUCUAAAAAGUUAUUGCAAACAUUCAAAAUUCAAAAACCUAACAAAUUCCAUUCUCCCGUCGAUAAGUAUUGCUUUCUCCGUUGCUUUGCAGGAGAAAUAAGUAGUACACAAAAUGAUCCGGUGAUUGAAAUCCUACACAUUGAUGAUAGUGAUGAUGUUGCAGAAAAGAAUAUAUUGGAGUCAGGUUCCACUGUGGCAUCUAGGUCUUCAAAUUUGAAGCCUUCGACAGAUGAUUGGCUUUGCCAUCUUGAGUCGAAAUGUGACACUUCUGGGGCCAAAUCCCAUAUAACAAGAGUGAAAACACCUGAAUGUUCUAUCACUGACGGCAAAAAUUUUGGUCGGAGAGAUUUUGCUGAUAAUGAACCAGUUAUUCUCGAUUUAGAUGAUGCUACCGAAGUCAAAUCAUCCAAGGCAUCUUGUUGUCUGCUAGAAAAUAAGGGUUCUGGAAACCAACAAGAAUUGAUGCAGAGUCCUAAUCUAUGUGAUACGAAAGUUCCGGUGGUUGUUAAACCUGAUCACAUCAUGUAUGAAGAUACAUAUUCUACAAGUUCCAUUUUGACCUUUUCAUGCAGUUCCAUAAAGCUUGAGGGCUCCUUCGGGAUGAAGUUACCAUUUACAUCUGAGUGGACACUUUGUGAUAUUAUCACUAUUAACUCAGAGUGGUGCAAAAGUGUUGAAACUGCCCUUGUGGAAUUGUACCUCAAAUCCAAGGAUUCAGAUGUAGCUAACACUGAUAAUGAAAGUUCAGGUGCUAUUGUGUUAACAUUUGCUUUGUUCGACCCUGAUUGGUCCGAAAUACAAGAAGCAAUUAAGAUGCUGAAUGUGCGAUACAAAGAUAAAUGGAAUAACAUUACAGCACUUGAUCCCACAAGGAGCUAUAGUCCAUUUUUUGGACGGAAAAGCAUUUCAGUUGAAGAGCAUGAUCAUCCCAAUUCCAGGGAUAACUUUGAAGAAAUUAUUUUUCCAGAAGGGGAUCCAGAUGCUGUUUCCAUAAGUAAGAGAGAUGUUGAUCUAUUAAAGCCUAAGACUUUCGUCAAUGAUACCAUCAUUGACUUUUACAUUAUGUAUUUGAAGAACAAAAUGAAUCUGGAGGAAAAAGGCAGGUUCCAUUUUUUCAAUAGCUUUUUCUUUAGAAAGCUUGCUGAUCUGGAUAGAGAUCCUUCUAAAGCUUGUGAAGGUAGAGCUGCUUUCCUGCGAGUUCGUAGAUGGACCACAAAAGUCAAUCUUUUUGGAAAGGAUUUCAUUUUUAUUCCAGUCAACUUCAGUCUCCACUGGAGUUUGAUAGUCAUCUGUCACCCUGGCGAGGUUGUUACCUUUAGAGAGGAAGAAAUGGAGAAAUCAUCUAGGGUUCCAUGCAUCUUGCACAUGGACUCAAUCCGAGGGAGCCACAAAGGCCUGAAGAAUCUUAUACAAAGUUACUUAUUGGAAGAGUGGAAAGAGAGGCACAAGGAAGUGGGAGAGGAUGUUGCGAAGAAGUUCUCGAGUCUUCCGUUUGUCCGUCUUGAGCUGCCACAGCAGGAGAACUCAUUUGAUUGUGGCCUUUUUCUGCUCCAUUAUGUGGAACUUUUUCUGGAGCAGGCUCCAAUCAACUUCAAGCUCUCCCUAUUAAGUGCAUCCUCCAAAUUUCUUUCUGAAAGUUGGUUCUCAACUGAAGAUGUUGAUUGCAAACGGGAACAUAUCAAGAGAUUGAUCUGUGAAAUUACCAGAAGUAGAGCUCAGAAGGUUUCUCCGGCUGAUUUUGAUGACAACUCGUCUUUAAAUUGCUUAGGAGAGGAAAAUACUAGUUUGAGCUUACUUCAGGAAACUCGCAAUGCAAGAGAAGCAAGUUAUGCUGAUGACUUGAGGUCACGUGAGGAUGAACUUCCUACUUUAUCUCCUGUAGCCAACCUUAUAAGGGGUUUCAAGAGUGCUGGAGUAUCAGAAGUGGUUUCUAGAGAUUUGUCUCGACCACAAGAUUCUGCAAAGUCACUUACUUAUGACAGCUGUCGGCUUUAUGGGCAAAAGGCUUCACUGAAUCCAUUUAGGAAUGUCAUGUCUCCUAUAGAGGAAGAGACAAUUGAAGAGCAGAUGACCGUUUCACCAGCCAUAAAAUCAAGGAGGCAGCCUGUUGAACAUUUUGCAGCAGCACAUGCUUCCAGCAUUUUGAGAUCCGAGACCAUGUGUCUUGGAAGAAAUGCUAGUAGCCUCGAUACUGAAAAGAUGAAUCCAGGUUGUCGAAGCAGUAGUUACUGUGGAUAUCCAAAUUCUAUAGAGAUACAUGAUGAGGAAGAUCUUAGGGCUAAAGUAGAGGAAGUAUCUGAUCCUGAUGCAGCAAAAUAUAACUCGCCAACUUUGCCUGAGGAACUUGCAGCAGGUUAUAUCGUUUUGGAUUCUCAGGAGGAAAAUGAGAACCAUGAAUGGAAUGGUCUGGAAAAUAACCUACCCAAUACUUCUGCUUUGUGCCAUAGGGAGGUUAACUCCUCUGAUAUCUAUGUUUAUAAAGUAAAUGAAAUGAUACCGUCUUCACAAUUAGUAGAGCAGUCUGCAAAGAAACCAAGGCACGUGCCUGAAGUUUUAGAGGUGUCCAGUUCUGGAACAGGAAUAAACCAAAUUGUGUUGUCUUCAACAUCAAGUGAGGAACUUGCAAGCUGUUUUGUCCAGGAUUCGGAGGAGGUCAACUCCAAGCUUUGUACUGAAGCAAUUAAUUUAAAACCAGAAAGAGGAUCAGAGAAGAAGCCCUUUGUAGGGAAACGGAGGCAUUUGUUUCGCCGUCCACGAAGAGUCAGCAUAGACCUUUCAUGAGACCUGCAUGUACAGCAUUUUUUUUUGUUUGAAAUGGAUUCUGAAGGAAAUAGGUACAAGUGUAAAUAAACCUUGUGUCUCAACAGGCAUUUACUGUUCAUUUAUCCAUCUUUUUUGUCCAGGACUUAUCUGUCCAGAGGUAAUACGUGUAUAUACACAGACUAUAUGGUUGAGCAUCAAUCAGGUAUUUCUGUUUUCUUUAUCUU